AUGUAUAAGGCUCUUGCCAACCAUCAGAUCAAGUUUCUAGCAGCCGCCAGUGCCCUGGUGCUAAUAUGGUUCUUCUAUCUACAUGGCCUGCCUGGUGACGGUUAUCUCUCCGGGUUCCCAAAUCUACAGUCAGGAGCAGUCCCGAAGACUCAUCAUGGCGCAGGCGGUAUCGAAGGGCUGCAUCCAGAUGUCCUGGAUCUUGAUGCCGCUCAGCAACUCUGUUCCAACUUCCGCUUACCGGCUUUUCCCCGUGACCGUGUCAGGGAACGGAAGGUCUACGAUCUGCUGCUCAUCAAUACGGAGAUAGAGCUGCUCGAAAUACGUCUAGGUCAGAUGGCCCCCUAUAUUGAUUAUUUCAUAAUUCUCGAGUCCGACCGUACCUUCACGGACAAGCAAAAGCCGCUCUACGUAGAGGAGAACUGGGAUCUCUUCAAACCAUAUCACAAGCAGAUGAUACGUCGAACGAUGGAUCUCACAACUGGCGAUUUCCAGAAUGCGUGGAACCGAGAGUCGGCAUCGCGCAAUGCCAUGUUCAGCCAGGUGGUCCCCUUCCUCACAGGCGACCAGGAAGCGCACGAGGACGAUGUCCUCCUCGUCUCAGACGUCGACGAGCUUUUCAAGCCGGCAACAGUCCAGGUUCUACGCAACUGCAAUGCUCCGCAGCGUGUGACUGCGAGUUCCAAGCUGAUGUACUACAGCUAUCAAUGGCUCAGCAAUGCGAACUGGGACCAUCCACAGGCGACAGUAUACCGCGGUGAGAAGGGCAAGGACACGGUGUUGCCGGAUGACCUGCGCCACAACGCCGGGGACUAUAAGUUCUUCGAGGGAGCAUGGCAUUGUAGUUACUGCUUUAGCACAAUCAAGGAAUUGGCCGGCAAGAUCACGAGCUUCUCGCACACAGAGAUGGACAAGCCCGAGUUCAAAGAUCCGAAGAGGGUAUUAGAGCGUGUGCGAAAUGGCAUUGAUGCAUUCGACCGUGCCAAUUGCACCCGUGUCGAACACAAUAGGGAUGUUCCAGAUUUCUUACUCGCCAACUCCGAGAAGUACGCUUACAUGCUUGAUCGCGAUCCGCCAAACGCCAACUUUAGGGACAUUGAUGCCUCCAAGGGAAUAGACAGCACAACGGCAUAA